AUGGCAAUCAAAGAUUAUUUACCCGAUUUCAAAGGAGCCUUAACUGGUUUUUAUGAAGAAAAUGUUAAAGAAACCGUGGAAACCAAAACCCAAGAGUUUAAGCAUUUAAUUCAGCAAAAUGCCGCCAUCGGAGAAAUAUUACCCAAAUUAACUAAAAUUUAUGCCAAACUUAAAAUACAUUGCCUUAGGAAUAUUGCACUUGAAACAUUAUCUUUUAUUCUUGCUUUUUCCUCCUUGGCUGUUAUGUUCGCCAUUGAAUCAAUACCGGCACGGGACAGUUUAAGCGAUUAG